AUGGAAGGCUUUACUUUGGAACCCUUACUGGCCGAUAUUGGCGACCAGAUUGACCCAUAUCAGUUUGCGAUGAAAGGCCGUUCUACAACAGAACCAUUAGUCUUUUUACUACAUAAUGUUCUGGAGACCCUUGACCGAGGUGGUUCCUUGGCUCGCGUAUUUUUCGCCGACUUUAGUAAAGGUUUUGACUUAGUUGAUCACGGUGUCCUAGUUGCUGAAUUAGAGAAAUUGAAUGUACGCCCCGCUGUAGUGGGAUGGAUUCGAGCCUUUUUGACGAGAAGGAAAAAAUGUGUUCGCAUCCGCGAUAAGAUGUCCUCGUUUAAGUGUCUUAACGGAG